AUUAAAAUAUACGAGAGAAAAGUGUGGUUAGGUGCUUGAAAUUUGAUCAAAAUGAUUGUCACUGACAUUAUAAUUGUUUGGAAGUUUGCUUUAUUCUCCGCAAUUUUCUGCUUGCUUCUUACCUUUUUUUUUCCUUGUCUCCUCUCCGAUCUUCAUUCUUCUGUUCUUCUCUUGGUGUGAAACCAAGACUGAUAACACACCCACAGAGAUCAUAGCUUGUGUCUGUGAGGUGAGAAGAUAAAGAUAUAAUGGCAUUUGCAGGAACAACCCAGAAGUGUAUGGCUUGUGACAAAACUGUUUAUCUGGUUGAUAAGUUAACUGCAGAUAACCGAGUGUUCCACAAAGCUUGCUUCAGAUGCCACCACUGCAAAGGAACCCUCAAGCUUAGCAACUACAACUCUUUUGAGGGAGUUCUUUACUGCAGACCACACUUUGAUCAACUGUUCAAAAGAACCGGGAGCCUUGACAAAAGCUUUGAAGGGACACCAAAAGUUGCGAAGCCAGAGAAAAAUUUGGAGGAGAAACCUGGAGCAGCCAAAGUGUCAAGUAUGUUUGGUGGAACAAGGGAUAAAUGUGCUGGUUGUCAGAAAACAGUGUAUCCCACUGAGAAGGUUACUGUGAAUGGAACACCUUACCAUAAGAGUUGUUUCAAAUGCUGCCAUGGAGGGUGUGUUAUCAGUCCUUCCAAUUACAUAGCACACGAGGGAAAACUCUACUGCAAACACCAUCAUAUCCAAUUGAUCAAGGAGAAGGGAAAUUUAAGCCAACUCGAAGGUGAUCAUGAGAAGAGUGAAAAUAAUGGGAAAAUCAAUGGUGAAGAAGUUGCUGCGGAGGCAUGAUGAAAGAUUCUUGAAUCCCAGAACUUUGUUUUUUCAAGUUCCAUAUUUGUGCACCAUAUGUUUCUGCGUCUCUCAUCUUUUACCAUUGCUUGCAGUUUCGUUAGUUGAAGUGUGCGGAUCUUUAUCAUAUGUUUUUGGUUGUUGUGAGCGUUUGAUUCAGAAUGUGAUUCAGAAGUACAUGUUACUGCACUUUUUGAAACUCUCAUGCACUUCCAAUUGAUAUUGAAUAUACAUAUGUUACUAUACUCAAA